AUGAGCAUCACGGACCUCCUGAGCGCUGAUGACAUCGCUGCGGCCCUGCAGGAGUGCCAAGACCCCGAUACUUUUGAACCCCAGAAAUUCUUCCAGACCUCAGGUCUCUCCAAGAUGUCCGCCAGCGAGGUGAAGGACGUCUUCCGGUUCAUAGACAACGACCAGAGCGGGUACCUGGAUGAGGAGGAGCUGAAGUUUUUCCUCCAGAAGUUUGAGAGCAGCGCGAGGGAACUGACUGAGACGGAGACCAAGUCCCUGCUGGCAGCUGCAGACAGUGACGGAGAUGGCAAAAUCGGGGCUGAAGAAUUCCAGGAAAUGGUGCAUGCUUGAAGGACUCCGCUCUGGAGCAAGAGAAACCAGCCAGGAAGGGAAAUUUCACCUCGUCCCCCUAAUUUGUUUAUCCGUUCCCCCUGAAAUGCUUCUGCAAUCUGCUCCC